AUGCCUGAAAUCAUAGACGACAAGUCGCAGCACUGCAUCCCCUUCCUCCUCGAACGCCUGCGCGUCCACACCGAGCGACACCGCGGCAAGUCUACCCCGCCAUUCUUCAUAGGUCUCAAUGGCGUGCAGGGUGCCGGCAAGACUGUGUUGGUGUCCGCUCUCAACGACACUCUCCGUUCAGCGCCGUAUUCUCUCUCCGUCGUGACGUUGUCGUUGGACGAUAUCUACCUCACGCACGCCGAUCAGGUUGCUCUGGCCCAGGCGCAUCCUACCAACCCGCUUUUGCAGCAUCGUGGUCAGCCCUCUACUCACGACCUUACGUUGGGUGAGGAGGUCUUUGCUUCGCUGGCUGCUGAGCAGCCCACUGCUAUCCCGCAGUACGAUAAGUCUGCUUUCGAGGGCCAGGGUGAUCGUGUGCCCAAGGCACAAUGGAAAGUGGUCAAUGAAGAGGGUCAGGAUAAAGUAAAGGUCGUGAUCUUCGAGGGUUGGUGUGUCGGAUUUCGGGCGUGGGAUGACCAAACCUUACGCACGAAAUGGGAGGCCGCUGUGCGUCAAAAGGAGUCUGGUGAUUAUAAUGGGAGGUUGGGUCAUGUCAAGCUUGAAGAUGUGAAAGCUGUCAAUGAUGCCUUGAAGAAAUAUGAUAUCUUGACAGACAAGUUGGAUGCAUUGAUUCAUAUUGACGCCGAAGACCCCCGCUUCGUUUACGAGUGGCGCCAGGAACAGGAGCGCACUCUUCGUGCUGCCAAAGGUACUGGAAUGACUGAGGAACAAGUCAACCACUUUGUGGACGGCUAUUAUCCAUCCUAUGAACUCUUCACCGAGACUCUCCGUGAAGGCGCGUUCAAGCCUGCUUCGCACAGCUCUACGUCGGGCUCUGAUUGGCAAGGUAGACAGCUUCGUCUCGUAGUCAACCGGAACAGGAGAGUGCAAGAGGUUAUCAAGAUUUGA